CAAAUUAAAAAUUGUAUUUCUCUUUGAUGUGGUUUGUAUAUAUCCAAGUUUUGAUCUUAUUCAUUUUUGCACCUUGGAUCUUCUACGCACUUUUUCUUGCUUUAUUUAUUGCCUUUACAGCCAUCUUCAUUGUCGCAGUUUUUUUGCUACAUCGUAUGUCGUUUCUAUGUAUGAUUGCAAAUGAAAGUGUAGACCUUUGGAAAGAAGAAGCCAUCUUCAUGUCGUCUACAGGCAACUAAUUCGGGAAUAGAAAAUCAGGCAUCAGGACUAUCUGUUACGGGUAAGGGACAGAAGACCUUUGGAAAGAAGCCAAACUUUAAAGGUUCAAAAGGUCUUAAGCCCAGUGACAUCUGCAACUAUUGUAAAGAACCAGGGCAUUGGAAGUUUGAUUGUCCUAAACAGAAGAUGCAGAAAAAGGACAAGAUCGAGGAUGCUCACGAUUCUGCAACUAUGGCAGAAGCUUAUGAUAUAAACACUGAAGAAGAUCUGGUUCUAUUUGUCAAUAACCAAACACAUUGUAAAGGUGGAGUUAUGAGUUUCUACAAGGAUUCGAAAGUAGUUCUGAAAGGUAUUAAGCAUGGUACCUUAUAUCUUCUACAAGGAUCUGUCAUUGUUGCAUCAUCUGAGAUUCAUAGAAGUGAUGAAAGUCUUACAUACGGUAGGCGCUGAAAAAGAAGAAGCAAAAACGAUACCGCGGUUGUUUUAUUUAUCUCGGCAUGGUUGAGAUAGCAUCGUACCCUCUCCGACCCAAGUAAAUUAUUUCGUCAACAUUAUGGACAUUUGUUUAUCUACCCUCGAUUUUUUAAAUAAAAUGUCAUUUCAUAAAUUUAAUGUAAUUAUAUGUGUUAAUUAGGUACAACCUCGCAGAGAUGCUUUGGUAUGGGAUUUAACAAUUUUCCUCUUGAGUUUUGUUAUCAAGAGCACUUUGGGUGAAAUUUUUUGGUUUACAUGGAGAGAUCACAAGGAGUUUUAUAUUCUAGGAACGAAAGAUUUCUAACAUAAAGAAGGCAUUCGAGUAAAAGAAAAUAAUAAGAAACAUCAUUGUUAUAAGAAAGUUACUUUCCCUGAGAGUGAUGAUGAUUUAUAGAGGACGAUUCAUAAAAACCACCUAAGAGAUUCAUCUUCCCAUUUGAUCUCUCCAUGUUUCUUCCUCUAUGAAUCUUCCUCUAUGAAUCAUCAUCACUCUCAGAGAAAGUAACCUUCUUACCACAAUGAUAUUUCUUAUUAUUUUCUUCUACCCAAAUGCAUUCUUUCUGCGAGAAAUCUUCGUUCCUGGAAUAUAAAACCUCUUGUGAUCUCUCCAUGUAAACCAAAAAGUUUCACCCAAAGUGCUCUUGAUAACAGAACUCAAGAGGAAAAUUGUUAGAUCUCAUACCAAAGCAUCUCUGCGAGGUUGUACCUAAUUAACACAUAUAAUCACAUUAAAUUUAUGAAAUGAAA